AUGAAUGGACCACCAACGUUUCAAAGGACCAUGCAUAAUCUUCUUGGUUAUGGACGCUGGGACUAUGCUAUGGUUUAUUUAGACGAUAUUCUUAUAUUUUCUCGUAGUUUCAAUGUACAAAAAAAACAUUUAAAUGAAAUUUUAUCAAUAUUAGCUAAAGCUAAUUUUCAAGUCAAUCCUGAUAAAUGUUGUAUUGCUGUUCAAGAAAUCGAUUUUUUAAGUCAUACAAUCAAUGAACAAUUUAUUAAACCGAAUGGCAAAAUUAAUUGGUACCGAAAAUUCAUUGCGGAUUUUGCUCGUACAGCUCCACCACUACACAAAGUUACCCAUAACACAAAACAUCGUCGACAUGAAUUUAAAUGGGGACCUGAUCAACAACAUUUAUUUGAUGCAUUUAAACGUAUUUUAGCAGCAUAUCCUUUAUUUUUAGAAUAUUCAGAUUUAUCAACUUCAUUUAUUACGUUGAGGAAAAAGUUCAUGCCUGAUUACGAAAUCACAAAUUUUGAGCUUCGCGUAUUGCUGCGUCAUUAUUGGCGAAAGAAUUUGGAUGCAAAAGCAGCUGCCAAAGCAAUUUGCGACGUUGAAGGUGAAGGCGAUUUGGAUCUUGAAGACAGGCCACGUUCCGGACGACCAACGGUUUUGGACGAAGGAGACUUGCAAGCCGCUUUGGAUGUUGAGCCGUCAUCAAGCACACGCGAAUUGGCUGAAGAACUUGGUGUCGAUCAGAAGAAAGUUUAG